AUGGCAGGGCUUCAAUAUUACUUCUUCCCUUCUGAUUCCUACUAUCCAAGGCCACCAAAGAUUACUACCGAUGAUGUGGCAACGACAACGGUGGUGAGUAGCGGCGUUCUUGAAAAACUGAAUAAUCCCAGAAACCCAUUCACUUUUCGCAAAGAAAUUGUUUCUUCUUCAAAUAUGAAGAAUCCAAGAAGGGUAUUUGGUUCUUCUUCCAGUCUACAAGUGGAAGUUGGUUCUUCUUCUUCAAUUCCCAGAAAUCCAUUCAGUUUUCGUGACGAAAUUGCUUCAUCUUCUUCUUCAAGUCUAGUACUACCAAUAGAUUAUCAACCUGGAAAACUUGGCCAAAAAUUCAUUGAUCCCCUCACUAAUGACACUUAUCUUCUUGAAGAAGAAAUUGGUUCUUCUUGUAAUGGACUUUGCCGUGUUUACAGAGCUCAAUAUACUGCAUGUCUCGAGACGAAUGGCUGUUUUGUCCCUAAUGGCCACGUCACUUUAAAGAUCAUCAACAAGAACCUUCAAGAAAGUGAUGAGCUUCAAAAUCAAGUUCAUACAAGCAUUAGUUAUACUAGAGAUAAUACAAGAAAGUUGAUUGGACUUAAGAGAAGUUUCACAACUGAUGAAUUGGUAUGUAUUUCUUUACCGUAUAUGAACAGAGGAUGUCUUCGUUAUAUUCUUUCUACACGUCCGGAUAAAAAAUUGCCUGAAGAUUUCAUUGCUGUUGUUCUUAAAGAAGUAGUUGUGGGUUUAAGUGAUGAACUUCAUGUUGAGUUUCAUAAUCCAAGGGCUCAUAAGACUUUAAAUGCUGGAGAUAUCUUUGUUCAUAUUGAUGAUGCUACUGAGGAAAUGUUGAUUAAAUUAGCAUUUGAAGCAUCGGUUUACGAUUCCGAAGUCAUUGAGGAAAAUCAGAAUUGUAAUGUUGGAGAAGCUAGUUCAUCGUCUUCGUUUUUGGAUGUGAAGAGUAUUUUCAAAUGGGGUGCUGCACCAGAGGUGUUAAGGGGAGAAAAUGACACACCAAAAUCUGAUGUUUGGCUAUUGGGAAUAACGGCAUUGGAAUUAGCGUAUGGGGAUAUACGUGUGAGAAAUCGUGGGGAUUUGGAUUAUAUAACCAAGAAGAUAAGGAAGAAGAAGAGGUUGCCGAGAUCACUUGAAAAGCUGUUGCUGAAGAGGAAAGCGAAAUUGAAGAAAGUGAAUUUGAUUAAAUGA